UUAAUAAUAAGAAAAAUAUACGUAUACCCUUUAUAGUUAUACAUAUACACAAGCUGGGAUGGCCGGUUCAAAGUAUCGAGGCGGGGGUAAAGGAAUCAAUCCAGAGGUGGCCAGUCGAUGGGCUACGCUGCCACCACAGACCAAAGAAGAGAAGAACUCCCUCUACAAUGACGACUUCAAGAUCGGAAUAUUGCUAGUGUCUAUCUGUGCCUUGGCGAUGGUCGUGAUUGUCGGGGGAAUGUACGUGUUUCUAACCAUCUCGAGUCCUAGCUAGUUGUCUCAUCUCUGCAGCCUGAAAAUUUGGUGUCCGUCAGUCUAAGCGUCGACUUAGCCAUGAUAUUGGCUGCUGUACGCUUUUGGUGUCACACUGGCUUUGUAUGCCCGGCAAGGGUUAUGCAGUCAAAUGGUCGGGUGUGAGUAUAUUUUUUGUUAACGCGCAGUGCGCUUAACCUUAGACUGUACGUCAACACGCGCGGACAGUUACAGUGAGAGAAGAUUGAAUGAUUCAGAGUUCAGCCUGAAGUGUCUGCCUCCAGACAUGCAGGUGGUACUACCAAUUAUCUAUGGGGAUAGCAUUCUGUAAGAUCUUAUUAUAUCAACAAAAAAAUUGGUGUUGAGGCAAUAUGUUAGCCCAGACUCCACGGUUAGUGACAGGGUUGAACGCGUAUCUACUAUUGGAGUGUUAGCGGUUCUUUCUGGUUUGACGACAGGUGUUGCCCAUUUAUUCUAACUACCCUUCAGAUCCCAUCUAUUCUCAUGGAAAUCGCUUCCAAUAGUCGUGGGUUGUGGCAACGUAUGUCAGAGAUAGAAUUAUGUGUAGCUCCAACUGAGGUAUUUAAGGCCCUAACCUUACUUCAGAGUGAAUAGAAAGAUUUGAUCCGGGUUCGCCAAAUAUAUUAGAAGUGCUGCCAUUCCAAAGCGCUGUGAAAAAUGCUUGCGGAUUUACAAGGCGGCUCUAAGGCUAAUGUUGGUUUAGAGAAGACGCAAGUUCCCGAAGCUGUCGCUCCUAUCGCAAGAUAAUUCGCUGGUGCUGUAAUACCGUAUUGCAGACAUUACCUAUUGACUGCAGGGGGGGAGCUAAAAGCUCUCGUGACGAAGCGGGCGAUAUCUGAAGUUGAGAAACUAGGUUGAAGCAGAUCUGUGCCAUGGUUUGCGAUUAUUCAGUGGCCACAAGUCGAGAAAGGGUACAACGGCACGUCACUUCAUAACAAGUAUUCAGGAAAGUUGAGUUUUUUAAGAGUUGGGUCGAAUGAAGCGGUGGCGAAAACGAACCAAUAAAUAGUUUAGGCAGAGAGUGCGCUGUGCAA